AUGGCCCGCGAAUUCAUCCCAAACGAGGAAGACCCAACAAAAAACGCCUUGAAUUACAAUAUGAAAACAAUCAAACAAACGAAAAUGGAAAAAGAAGCGCAGAAAAACUUCAUGCUCAAGGCGACACCUGAAGAACUCAAGAUUAUUUUCGAAGACCACCGGAAAGACUUUGAGCUUGGCCAGGAUCUUGCGCUUCUUGACGAUACUACGGACUUGGCGAAUAUGCCCGUGAUGAUGAAAAGUCACCGAUGUGAUGCUUGUCGUUUGAUUGCUCUGUAUCUUGGUCGGGAGUUCUGGCGCCUGGAAGAGGUUUAUUCUCGGUAUUCCAGAAAGCUUUCUGAAGAUAUUCUAUACGACGGAUUGGAAGAAUUUUGUAAGGUCAAAAAUUGGGAAAGAGUUGGUCUCACUCAAACUGCCCUGGGACUUAGCAAAACAGACGGAAAACCUAUUCUUGACGAAUGGCGACUCACCGGCCCGGGUUUCGAAACUUGGGACAUUCGCGGAGAAGUGACAGCAACAAGUCAGCUUUGGCCAACGCGAUUUUCAAAAAUGUGCAUGGAGUUGGUCGAAACUCACGGCGAAGAAGAGCUGUAUCGUUUCUGGAAGGACGUCACAGCGGACAGCUCGGAGGAGCCAAUAACAUCCGAUCUUGACGACAUGUUCUGUUUUCGAGGCAAGAACGCCGAGUGUAACAGGUUCCGAAAUCCAUCGAAAGUCAAGCAGCAGCCAAAGACCAAGGAAAUUUUGGAGGAGUACAAAUCCUUCGAGAAAGAAAUAAACGACCGCCGAAAAAAGGAAAAACAACGCGACUACGAAAACAUGAUCAAAGAACAAGAACGACUGAUGGAACUCGCUAUCGAGCGGGAAAGAGCAAAAGCCGAAGCUCCUCAAAAAGAAGAACUGUAA